UAGUUUUCAGUGAUCACGCGUCGACGGCGCUCUCUGUCGGCGACCUCCGACUUUCGUAACCGCAACUCAUUUCCUUGUGCUAGUGGUGUGAAACGUUCCGGCGGAAGUCCGCUAUUCGUGUUGUGUGCUCUAAGCUGACUAAAUAAGGAUACAUCUGGUCCGGUCCAAUGACAGGCACUGCUGAGGCGUGAAAUCGUUAUGUGACUGGUAUUCCGUGGGAUCUUUAAGUGUGACUUGUGUAUAUGUACAACUGCUGUGUACACGCUAUCCGUGCGUCACUGUGAAAUGAAGAGUGAAACGCAGCAGUGACUUUACAUAAAGGCGUGGAAAUGAAAAGAGAAAAGUACAAGAUUUCCUUCUCCGAACUUAGGCUGGGUGAGCGAUGAAGGGGUGGUUCGACGCGUUCCGCGAGGAAGGCGGGCCGACCCUAUACGCUUACCACAACCGAACAGCUGUCGCGGCGGACGUGCCCGCACUCGCACUACUGCUCGCAGCACUCACGCUAUACCUCGCCUUCCUUGCCAUCUUCCCCGGCAUCAGGAAAGAGAGGUUUACAACAUUCACAAUAGUCACACUUAGUCUCUUCGUGGGCACAGUUAUAUUGGUGUGCAAGCACGGGUCGUCGUGGCACGUGACUGGCUCGCGAGUAUCUCGGGCCGCUUACCGUGCCUUUUCAGCUGAAAGGCUCGAUUGCUGGCUCGCCGUACAUGUGGGAUUGGGGCAUGUCAACGUAACCCUUACUGCGCUGUCGUGGGGCAAUACAACUGUUGGUGACCCAGGCGUGGACUACAACGAACAGUUUCGUUGGGAGGAGGCUGGAGCAAUACAAGAAUGGUACAGAGCAGGCCUAGUGCGAGGAUUACCUUAUCCGGUGCUGUCUGUUGCCGAACACUUUGCGGUACAGCACGAGGGAUUCGAGUGGGGGGCAAAAUACCGUGCCGCGGGUUACACCACAUCCACGUUAUUAUGGGCAGCAUUGGCGCUAUGGCUUCUAAUGAAUCUUCUCCUGGUGGUGGUGCCUCGUUAUGGUGCCUAUGCCAUGGCGACACUCGGUGUCAUGCUGUGUGCCGCCGCGGGCGGUUAUUGGGCCUCCCUUCCGAAUGCUCCAUUGAUAGUCAGACUCGAUGGGGCAAUGCUAUUCUUCUCCCUCGGCUGGUGCUUCUGGCUAGUACUUAUAGCAGGAUGCAUUUGCGUAGUAGUAGGCCUGUUAAUCGCUGCGCUCGAUUUAAUGUGGCCGCAUCGAUUUUCGACGGUCCUCGAGGUGGAUUAUGACACCCCGUAUGACAGACAUGUUCUAAUCGUCGACAGCCGACAAAGGGCGCGACCACAAACACAAAAUUCACUUCCGUCUAGAAUACUAAGGAGGUUGUCUUCAAAAACUCGAGAUCCAGAGGCAGCAUCUCCAUCGGCAACGAGCGAACCACGUGGCCGAGAUAACCCCGCCUUUCAGCAUGAACAGCGGAAACCAAACUCACCUUGGAGGUAUCCACUUUUUAGGCGACAAAUAGAUAGAGUGGAUUCUGCAUCAAGCUUGGGUUCGAGCAUAAAUGGAAACAACUCUGGCAUUAAAAUGUCGCCACUAGGAGUCAGCCCUACAGGGUCAACAGCCAAUAUUCCGCCCCACAGAUUCCGUCCUCAAAUACCAGCUACAGAGAGAGUAAAAGAUAUGUGGUGACGAGAUAGUGAUAUUUAAUAUUAGUCUAUACUUAAUCAAUUGACAGAAGUAGUGACAGGUGUUAAAGAACAAUAAAAUUACUGAUCUCCAUGAUGAACUAUCUAAAUUUCUUCAUAAUGUUUCGAUAUUGAAUUGACUCGAGAACCAAAUGCAAGUAAAAAGAGUGCAGCAACUAUUUUGGUUUCUCAUAACUUAAUACCUAUGUAAUUAAACAAAUUGUAAAUAUGUAAAUUUGUAGUUAAUUUCUAAGUUAUAUUCAUACGAAUGCAUCCAGUGUCAUAAAUCAUAAUUUCUAGAAAAUAAUAUGAAUCACUUUAUGUACCUCGUCUGUAAUAAUAUUAAAUUGCAACCAAUAUAUAUAUAUAAAAUCAUUGGUGACACUAGCGUACAUCGACACAUAAGUGAAUACUUUGUGCCAUGUGAUAUACAUAUAUUCAGAACAAAAAAACUAUAUGUGUAUUGUUAAGGAAUCGCAACGCAUAUGAGUACACGCUAGCCAUUUCUACACACUAGUAACUAAUGAAGAAAAUAUUAUUUUAUGACUAAAAUAAAGUUUUUUUCCAUUAGUACAUC